AUGUGGGGCAGUCCAGAGCCGCCAGGCCCCUCGACCCGGCGUCGCAGUAUCACCUCUACAGACGUCUUCACGUUUCCUCUUUCAUUCGUCUCAGUUUCCCUCCUUAUGUCCCUCCCCCUCCAGCAUUCGCCGCCUCCCAGACAACCUUCAUGCCCUGACCCACCUAUAUUGCAACAUUUCUUUUCAAUUGUCUAUGUCUGUAUUCCACAUUCUAGUCAACAAAAAAGGGGUCUUAUUGGUCGGUCGGCCAGUGACACUCCUCUUAUUUAG